AUGGCACGCUGUCCAGAGAACUUGUUCGCUUUACGGCUGUGUGGCUUGUGAGCAGCCCAUACGCUCUGUUGGGUAACGCACGAACACAUACACACCAUGAACACUCACACAAGUGCGCAAACACACUCACAGUGCAUGUGUAGUACAUCUCCCGAGGAAGACCAUUUUGCAUUUGGUGGAUCACGUCCAUGAAAUAUUCUGUAAAAAUGAAAUCCGUGUUUAUUCAUAAUUAUUCAAAAAUAUUUGCUCACUGACAAAUAGUGGUUGAGCAUCUUACAUUAGAAACUCUCAAACAUUCUGAUCUUACACUUAUCACUGGACAAUCCCAACUGCCAAAAAUGUACAGUAUAUGUGUUUUCAUGGGGGACUGGGGGAUCAAGGCAUGUGUGAAUGUGUGUGUCUACACGGUGUGAUGAUACGUAUAUGUGUGUGUCUACAUGGCGUGUGUGUGUGUGUGUGUGUGUGCAGGUGAGUGAGGAGGCACAUAUGUACAUGGCAUGUGUUUGUGUGAGGAUGUGGUGUGAGAACAGUCCCGGGCUCUGAGUCAGCGACAUUUGGACUUUGAUCGUGGUCCUGAGCCAUCCUCCAGAAGCCCUGCAAUGACAGCAAUGGAGUCCAAGGCACAGAGAGCGACGCUCCGCUACCUGCUACUGUUUCUCUGCUGGAUCUCGGUCAGCCUUGGAACUCACGGAGCGACCGUGUUCCUGAGGAGACCAGAGGCAAGCGGUGUGCUGACACACAGAACGCGGCGCGCCAACUCCCUCUUCGAGGAACUGAAGCUGCCGGACCUGGAAAGAGAGUGUUUGGAGGAGAAGUGUUCCUACGAGGAGGCACAAGAGAUCUUCACUGUUCCCGAAAACUUGAAUGAUUUCUGGAAGAGUUACACAGAGGAGGAUGCCUGCAGUCCCAGUCCCUGCCAGAAUGGAGCCACCUGUCUGGACCAUGUGAACUCCUACACCUGCAUCUGUCCCUCUGGGUUCGAGGGAAAGGACUGUGGCACAGCAGACCCGAGCUCCCUCAGCUGCCUGUACAACAACGGAGGGUGUGAACACUUCUGCAAUGAGGGGCCCGGCUCGCUGCUCCAGUGCAGCUGUGCCCCCGGCUACCGCCUGGCUGAAGACAACUCCACCUGCCUGCCAGCAGUCCCUUUCCCAUGCGGCAGAGUGGUGGGGAGCUUCAACCCCAGGAUUGUGAAAGGUGAUGUGUGCCCCAAGGGCGAGUGCCCAUGGCAGGCGAUGCUGGAGCAUAAUGGGUUGUAUACAUGUGGAGGCAUUAUCCUGGACACCCGAUGGGUCCUCACGGCUGCACACUGCGUGUGGCGAACACGGGCAACGGACCUGCGGGUUACCUUGGGUGAGCACAUCCGCCUGAUGGACGAGGGCACGGAGCAGGUGAAGAAGGUGGCGCGGUUCUUCGUCCACCCGAGCUACAACCUGUCCUCCGCGGACGGCGACCUGGCCCUGCUGCAGCUGGACUCGGCGAUGGUGCCGGGCCCGUUCGCGCUGCCCGCCUGCCUGCCGCCGCGCGGCGGGGACUUCGCCCGGAGCGCGCUGGCGGCGGUGCGGAGCUCCACGGUGAGCGGCUGGGGCAAGCUGGCGCAGUCCGGCCCGGAGUCGCUCAUCCUGCAGCGGCUGGAGGUGCCGCGCGUGCCGCUGCAGGAGUGCCGCGCCCAGAUCAGCCUCACCAUCACCGACAACAUGCUGUGCGCCGGCUUCCUGGGCGGGGUGCAGGACUCCUGCCAGGGGGACAGCGGGGGCCCCCUGGUCACCCGCUACAGGAACACCUGGUUCCUGACGGGCGUGGUGAGCUGGGGCAAAGGGUGCGCCCAGUCGGGUUUCUACGGAAUCUACACCCGCGUCUCCAGCUACCUGCCCUGGAUCCACGCCACCAUGGCCGGUGUGUGACGGCCGCGAGCUCCCCCCGUUACCGCCAGGUUUACGCUGGAGCGGUGGCCGGUAGACGGCGGUACCUCAGUUUUUCCAGAAAAUAUCCUGUGGGACUCUUGAUAAUGCAUUUUUUUUGGAGGGAGUCUGCCUCUUGCUCUGCCAUUUAUAGAGCGUGUCUGCUCUAAGUAACUUCAGCUCCAGCUGAAAAGGGCAAAGUAUUCAAAAAAUAACUGUUUAGGCAACUGAAUUAACCUUAUUUGAGCAGAGAGGACUAAGGCUAAAAGAAAGCAGUUCUAAUUCACCAACAAAGUAAUUAAUAAACUGAGGAAGGGUAUAAUAAUGAUGACAAUGUUGCAUAAAGUAAACAUCUGUCCACCAGAUUUUGAUAUAAUUUAUGAACAAAUAUAUUGAUAUUGGAGGCCUAUUUAUACAUAAGUCCUCUCUAUGGUGCUGUGGACCUACGCCAUCAGUUCAGACUUUCUGAUGAACCCACAGGACGUGCUGACAUAGAUAGGGGGUUAUCAUUGGCUGUGGAGGUGCCAGCAAGACCAGUUUAAAGAAUAACAACAAAGGGAAUGAAACAUAACAAUUGCAUCAGGAACAACCUGAUUAAUGGCAUCUCCAGAGGAAAUGUGGGUCUUGUGCAAGAAAACACCCCAUGAGCCAUAACAAUCAGAACUAGGAUAUGAAAUACAUGUUAAAACACCCAGAAUACCGUAAUACUCAAUCGACUUUUGGGGGACUUUUUAAAUUUUAGCAAAUCUGACACCGUCCUGGCCACAUUUGAAGUAUUUUGUCAAUUUAGAACAACCUUGUAAAACUUUGGUAUAUCUAUUUCCAUAAUCCAGAAUGAGUUACAUGUUCAUUGAACAUAAUAUAUGUCCUGAAGAGCCAAAAAUGACCCAAAAAACAGCCUGAAGUGUUUUUGAAUGAAAAACUGAAAUAAGGGUAAUCUCAAGAAUACUCACCAAAUAACCAAAUCAGAUACAGAUACAUUAUUAGGCUGAAUAAAGGGCAUUUUACAAAUGAUUAUCAUAUAAUGUAAUUUUCAAGUAUUUACAAUAUUGUAUCUAACAAAAAAAUAAAGAACAUUAUUUCCAAA